UAAGCGCUUACACUUUGAACUGAUACACUCGAGCCUUUUAAUAAAAUCGUUUACAUAUUUGAAUCAAGGAUUAAUUAGGUCAAAUAAAAUUAAUUGAAAACAUAAGAAAAGUUUGUCCAAUGAAUAAUUCUAUAUAGUUGUCAAUGUUACAUCGGAUGAUGAAAUAAUUAUAUCAAGGAAAAAAUAAAUUCAGAUUUUGUUAUUUAAUCAAAAAUGAGGAUAGGUACUGGAUCAACAAAAUCCAAUGGGCCAUCAACAUGGAGCAGACACAGUUUGAAAUACUACAUGUCCAAUAACAUCGUAGUUGGAAUUUUAAAGAAGAUUUGUCUGAGCAUCUUAAUCAUAUUAGGAUUAUACUGGGUGAUCAUAACAAUACGAACUGAAGUCCUUGUUGAUGAUAGAGGCUACACGUUAGAUUCAGUUUCUCGCGAUACCGGAAGUGACGUUGACUCUGAUGGCGACAAAGGGAAGGGCUAUGGUAUAAUGUCACCGUGCAGACCUGUGGGACUAUCUGAUGAUCCAUUACCAAUUACAGCAUUGUCUAGUUCACCAGGAUCUGGGAAUACAUGGACAAGGUUUCUAAUACAGCAAUUGACAGGUAUUGCUACUGGGAGUGUGUAUAAAGCGUCCUGGAUGAAGCAAGCAGGAUACCCCGGCGAGGGCUUGACAAACGGCUCGGUGGUUGUUGUGAAGACUCACAUGCUACCAUACAAGAAGUUCCAGUUUGACAAGGCAGUGUUGAUACUACGCAAUGUUAAAUCUGCAAUGAUAGCUGAGCAAAAGAGAAGACACUAUUGGAGUUUUAAUAGGGGUUCGAGAGAAAUGUUUAAAGAUGAAGACUGGGAGAGGUUUACCAUGAUAUACGGAGACGAUUGGCUCAAUCACAACACGGAAUGGAUUCAAAUCAGUGAACCACUCUACAUAGUUCUCUAUGACAACCUCAUGAAUGAUCUCAAAUCUGAACUAAGAAAACUUGCCCAGUAUUUAGGUUUCACUGCUGAUGAAUCUCUUUUAGACUGUAUUCAUAAUCACAAAAAUUCACUCAAGAAAAAGAAGAAUAUGACUGAAUUAUAUCCCUUUAAUAAAGAGACUGAACUAAGGCUAGACGGAUAUUUAGAAGAAAUAUGCCAGGCAUUACAGACUAGAUACAACGAUUUUGACUGUACACCAUUGUAUGCAUUUUAGAGACCACCAAGCAUAAAUAGAUGUAGGUUUAAAAUAUAAUGCUAGUCACAACUAAUAAUUUAUAACUAGAAUCGAUCUGUUACAUUUCAUCCGUCAGGCUCGGUUUUAGUCGUAUUAAUGUUAAACUAGGAGAAUGUUGCUAGUACAGAAUUAGGUCACAUGCCAGGAUACCAUAUUGUGAAGUAACACUCGUGUUGCAUCAUCAGAGUGCUGUUGUAGUUAUGAUUUUGCUUAACAUUUUAAUAAAC